AUGGCUAAACGUUGUCCAAAUUGCAAUGCUAUUGAUUCAUUAGCAACAAUUUUUAGCAAAGCAUGUGAUGGAAAUUUUGUUACUUAUGCCAACGGUGAAGAAUCUAGUGGUUAUCUGCCAAGUGUUUCCGGUCUUUGUGAUUCAGAUGGACUCUGCAUUGAAAUAUGCAUCGCAUGUGGUCAACUCAAAGGACUUGAUCAUGUUGCUUUAAAAAAAAAGUUUAGUAAUAAUCGUGAUGACGACGAAUAA